UUAAUACCAAAGCCUGGAUAAUGGUUCCCUCUGGGGAAGAAAGGAACAGUAUGAUUUGGGCCUCAGUGAUACCUGUACAGUUAAGUAAAACAUUGGAGAUAAUGCAGGAUUGAUUUUAAAGAAACUACUUCACACAGGAAACUCCUUAAAGAUUAGGCGGGAAGGUGUUCGUCUUUUCUUACUAUGGUUGCAAGCUCUUCAGAAUAACUGUAGCAAAGAACAGCUCUGGAUGUUUUCAUGCUUAAUCCCUGGAUUUUCAGCACCACAGUCUGAACAUGGACCUCGAACUUUAGAUAAUCUCAUUAAUCCUUCACUCAACCUUCAAGAAACUCAAGUCACUAUAGAAGAAAUCACUCCUCUUGUCCCCCCACAAUCAGGAGAUAAAGGGCAAGAAAAUCUCACAAGCUAUUUUCUUGAAGCACUUCUAAAAUACAUAGUAAUUCAGGUAAAAAGUUUAGAAUGGAAGAACAAAGAAAACCAAGAAAGGGGAUUUUCAUUUUUGUUUUCACAUUUUAAGAAAUGUUACUUGCCUUAUAUUUUUCCAAACAUCUGUAAGGAAAACAGUUUAUAUCAUCCUAUACUUGACAUCCCACAGAUGAGACCAAAGCCACAUUAUGUCAUGAUAAAGAAAGAUGCUGAAACCAAUGAAGCAAUCUAUUGUACAAAGGAGCCUUUCAUUAAAGCUCGUGUUAUUGUCAUUCGUUGGCUGGUUUCUUUCUGGCUGAAGCCAAAACCACAUACAGGACCUCAUAUUCCUGGGAUGGAAGGUGAAGUCUUGCCAAAGAAUAUUCAGAGAGCAGCUGCUAGUUUAGUAUCCAGAGAAGAAAGCAAAAAUGAUAAUGCUGAUAAAGCAGACAGAACUACAGAACCUGAACAGUCUCAUUGCAAUACAAGCACUCUCACGGAGCGAGAACCUAGCUCAUCUAGUCUCUGUAGUAUUGAUGAAGAACAUCUCACAGACAUUGAAAUAGUUUGCAGAGUUUUUUCUUCUAAAAGAAGUAAUGUAAACUUUGUGACAGAGAUAUUUCAUCAGGCAUUUUUAUUACCAAUUUGUGAAGCAGCAGCUAUGAGAAAAGUGGUAAAAGUAUAUCAAGAAUGGAUCCAACAAGAGGAAAAACCUUUGUUCAUGCAAGAGCCUGAAGAAAUUGUGAUCACUUCUUCAGACCUCCCUUGCAUUGAAAAUGUCACAGACCAUGAUAUUUCAAUGCAAGAAGGAGAAAAAAGAGAAGAGGAAAAUGGGACCAAUACUGCUGAUCAUGUUCGAAAUUCCAGUUGGGCAAAAAACGGCUCCUACCAAGGUGCUCUUCAUAACGCCUCUGAAGAAGCUACAGAACAGAACAUACGAGCUGGCACCCAGGCAGUUUUGCAGGUGUUUAUUAUAAACUCAUCAAAUAUAUUUCUUCUUGAACCUGCAAAUGAAAUAAAAAAUCUUCUGGAUGAGCACACAGAUAUGUGUAAAUGCAUUCUUAACAUUUAUCGGUACAUGGUUGUACAAGUAUCAGUGGACAAAAAGACUUGGGAACAGAUGCUGCUUGUGUUGCUCAGAGUCACGGAAUCUGUACUGAAGAUGCCAUCACAAGCUUUUCUACAGUUCCAAGGGAAAAAAAAUAUGACCUUGGCAGGUCGACUUGCAGGACCACUUUUCCAGACCCUUAUAGUUGCCUGGAUCAAAGCAAACCUAAAUGUGUACAUCUCCCGAGAACUUUGGGAUGACUUACUGUCAGUAUUGUCAUCGUUGACCUAUUGGGAAGAGUUGGCCACUGAGUGGUCACUGACUAUGGAGACGUUAACUAAAGUUUUAGCUAGGAAUUUAUAUAGUUUGGAUCUCAGUGAUUUACCACUGGAUAAGCUGAGUGAACAGAAACAAAAAAAGCACAAAGGGAAAGGAGUUGGACGUGAAUUUCAGAAAGUUUCAGUUGACAAGUCAUUUUCUAGAGGAUGGAGUCGUGAUCAGCCUGGCCAAGCCCCAAUGAGACAGAGGAGUGCAACAACCACUGGUUCUCCAGGAACCGAAAAGGCAAGGAGUAUAGUACGGCAAAAAACUGUCGGUGUCCAGUGUGAAGUGCAGCUGUUGGAGUCUGGGGGAGGCUUGGUCCAGCCUGGGGGGUCCCUGAGAUUCUCCUGUGCAGCCUCUGGAUUCACCUUCAGUGACUACUACUUGGGCUGGUUCUGCCAAGUUCCAGGGAAGGGGCUGGAGUGGGUUGGCCGUAUUAGAAAAAAAGCUGACAGUUACACCACAGAAUACGCCGCGUCUAUGAAAGGCAGAUUCACCAUCUCAAGAGACGAUUCAAAGAACACACUGUAUCUGCAAAUGAACAGCCUGAAAACCGAGGACAUGGCCGUGUAUUACUGUGGUAGAGAAACAGCGAGGGGAGACCUUUCAAGAAGUAUUAGGGAAGCCAGAUCUCAUGCCUUACAGCACAGUGGAAGAACCAAUGCCUCCAUUGGUUUGGAGGUGGAGGGUUGAAUGUGUACAACAGAGCUGCUGUGGAUCCUGCCAUGGAGGCAUAUGUAAGAUGUGCUGCAGCCUUGCCUUUACCACAAGGGACACUGAGCCAGCUGCCUGAGUGAAAGAUAAGUAAUACUGGUGGUGAAUACAUCGUUAAGCUGUAAUAGAAAUUCAGUUGAUGAGACAAGAUGGAAGUUCUGCCAUUGAAUACUCCUUGAACUUGGAACUCUUCUGAAUAGGCCCAAAGGACAAAAACUUUGACUAUAUAAACUACU